AUGUCCCAGCAAAACAAUGGCGGACUCCUCGGCGGCCUCGGCGACACCCUCGGCAAGACUGUCGGCGGCGUAACCAACACCCUAGGCGACACAGUCGGUGGACUAGGCAACACGGUCGGCGGCGUGACCUCCGGUCUUGGGGACACCGUGUCGGGUGCUACUGAGGGCCUUGGCAAUACUACCAAGGGAGUUGGUCAGGGUGUUGGACAGGGUAUUUCGAGCGGUAGCAAGAGUAUUGGUGGUCAGAAGCAGACUGCUGAGAACCCGCUUGGUUUGAAUAAGUAG